AGGUGACGUGGCGGGAGGAAUUUGUUUCAUCCUUCACGGAGAAAUUUGGCUUCUUCCCGCUCGAGCACUGCUCCGUUGAUUUUAUGGGGAAUAGCAUGGACAACACAAGGGUUGGUGCCACGGUGGAUGUAGACUCACAGGAUGGUCCACAAAAAACUCCAAAAACUCAGCACGAACAAGGGCCGCGGGAGCGAGAAUAUCGAGCCCGCACCCUUCAGGACGACGCCGGUUUAUUGAAGAGGGCGUUCGUCCAGCCAUUUAAGCGAUCAUCUCAGCGGUCGUCAUUAUUCAAGUUUUCGGCAACCCGGCAACCUAAACGUGGAGUAAAAAAUAUGUUUUUGGUGGAAGAUCUGCAAGUUGUUCCCGAGCGAAAGAGCCAGGAUGUAUCAUCUCCUCACGCACGCAACUUUGGAACACCUCCACCUUCUUUUAUUCACUACGGCAGCGCUCCUCGGCAACGUCGAUUUGCCGUUGCACCUCAUUUGGCGUCGCCUUCACCAGUGACGCCAACGCGGGCAACGGAAGAAAAUACGGGACUCUUCCCGUCUUUUAACGCAUCGACAGAAGUGUACGCAUGCUCGCCAUCGCCAUGCUCAUCAGGAACUCGCAAAGGAGUUUUCUCCCUCAGUAGGGAGCUGAUGUCGCUACAAAGCGGCUUAUCGGAGCUGCUGGAGCGACUAAAGGACAUAAAGCCAAUGGAAUUGGAAAGGCGUUGGCGCUCACAAUCUCGACAGGCGGCAGGAGGGAUUUUUUCGCAAAAAACCUCCGAGUGCCGAGAGGAUGAAACUUGCAAGGUCGACAGCGUUGCGGCGCUUCGAGACUUGGUGGGGCGAAUAGAGGGUGAAUUUAUGAGCCUAAAAUCACACAUUUCUGCGCUGUGA